AUGGCCAAGUGCUACAUCCUAGCAUCUAUCUCAAAUGUUCUACCACAUCAAAUGCAGGAUGUAGAACUAGCUUCGGAUAUUAUGCUAAGUCUGAAGGAGAUGUUUGGUAAGCAAGGCCAAUCUGCAAGGCAAGAAACCAUGAGGCAAAUUUAUAAUACCAAAAUGGCUGAAGGCGGUUCAGUUAGGGAGCAUUGUCUCACAAUGAUCUCUAAUCUGAAUACAUUGGAGGUUUUAGGUGCCGAUAUUGAUGGAGAAUCCCAAGUGGAUAUGAUACUCCAGUCACUACUGGAACCAUUCAAGGAACUCAGACUUAAUUAUAAUAUGAACAAAAAGAUUUAUACAUUGUCUGAAUUAAUAAAUGAGUUGGUAGCAACAAAAGGCAUUCUUGGUACUUCUAGUGUUAAUGCUAACAUGGCUGAAGCUUCUACUUCUCAACCUAAGUCGAAAGGCAAGGGUAAGAAGAAGAAGAAGAAGGAUUUCACCAAGCAAGAGGGUAAACAAAUUGCCUUAGGUGUUGCUGACAGAGGAAAGAAGAUCAAAGGAAAGUGUUUCCUUUGUUCUUGA